AUGGCUCAGCCCCGCCCUACCCCUGUUGGCUCAGUUACUGUGGUUGAUAGUAACAAGAGCCAAUGGCUCCCGCUGCUGUCUCAGCCAAUGAAGAAUGAGAGACUGGGAAGAAGCUCAGCUCUCGUGCACAUUGCUGGAUCGAAAGACAGCUCGGCCAGUCUGGGCUCCGCAUCAACCCCAACCCCAACUUCAACCCCAACGUUACAGUCAGGAUCUACCGAGAUGCUGCUGAUCUACCUGCUGAGCCAGCAGCUGGCUCAGCCUCUCAGCAAGCUGGCUCCCACCCUCUCCAUAGCCCUGCACUUCACAAUCUUAGAGUUGCCACUAGUUCGAGGAAGUGUAAAAAAGGUGAAGAAAAAUAAACUUUAUUACGUGUUGGUGAAAAUAACCUUUAGAGCAGAAAUUAAACGUAAUGUUUUAAGUGGAGCACAGAAGAGGAAAAAGGCUGCAGAGGAGAAAGAGAAAAUGUGCAAACUUCCAAAACUAACAUCUUGGCUCAAUCCAGGUGCAACAUCAGCCAGUAGUUCUGCUCCUCCAGAUGUAGCAUCCACAUCUUCAUGCACUCCAAUUCCAGCAGAAAUACCAAUGGUAUCAUUACCUGAUCCUGCUGCUGGGGAAAAUCCACAAGAGGAAAUGCCCACAUCUGUAUCAGUAAGGGAGUUUGCAAUCCAAGACACAGAUCCAGGGCUAUGGGAUAUUAGCAAUACUAGCACAGUGGAUUACUGGAUUCGUCGAUUGUACUGCUUUGCAUGUCACCUAUUUUCCAAGACAGAAUCUCCCUUUGCUACAUCAGGAUUCAAUGACUGGAAACACAGCAAUGUUAUUGGUGAACAUGAAAACAGAGAAGAACAUUGCAAGUGCAUGACGGCAUAUUUGAUUCGCCAUAAAGAAACUGGAAAUGUCGAUACACUAUUACUUCAACAACUUCGCUCAGAGCAGGAGUAUUGGCAUAAAGUGACACGAGUGGUUUCUGUAAUUCGCUUUCUUGCCUCCAGAGGUCUGCCAUUUUGUGGAGAAAACCAAAUAAUUGGGUCUGCUAAAAAUGGAAACUAUUUGGGUAUUCUUGAGCUGUUAAGUGAAUUUUACCCUUUUCUGGAAGAACAUCUCAAAUUGUAUGAGAAUCCAGGAAAGGGGAACCCAUCAUAUUUAUCAGCAAACAUUUGUGAGGAAUUCAUUGAAAUAAUGGGACAACAUGUUCUUUCUGCUAUUCUUGAAGAAAUAAAAGAAUCAAAAUAUUAUUCAAUAAGUGUGGAUUCCACUCCAGACAUCUCACACACCGAUCAACUGACAUUUACUGUCCGGUACAUUCAAGGAUGUGAGCCCGUGGAACAUUUUCUUAAGUUCAUCCCCAUCUUUUCUCAUGGAGCAAAUAAUCUAGCCGACACUGUUGUGGGAUUCCUUAAUGAGAACAAAAUUCCACUAUCCAACUGCCGUGGUCAGUUAUAUGACAAUGCCUCAAAUAUGUCUGGACGCUAUACUGGAUUGCAAGCACGGAUUCUUCAGUUGAAUGAGUUCACCAUGUACACUUCCACACAUCGAUGGAAUGUUCUUGCAACAUCUCUUGGAAAAAACAUUGUGGUUAAGCGUCUGUCUGACACAAGAUGGUCGGCACAUUUUGAUGCUGUUCAUGCUUUACAUGAGGGUUUUGAGAAAAUAAAAAAUGCACUAGAUUCUGAACAGGAAGUAAACACAAGGCGAGAGGCAAAAGGAUUGAGUGACAAAAUGGAAAACCUGGAAACGAUCUUUCUCACAAUUCUUUGGAAUGACAUUCUUGAAAGAGUCAACAAAACAAGCAAGGUCCUGCAAUCAGAGGAUAUGAACAUACUUGUUGCCAUGAACCUUCUUGAGUCUCUAAAAACGUAUCUUCAGGAUACUAGAGACAGAUUUAGUGCAUAUGAAUUGAAAGCCAGGAGUAGGUGUCUAGAUUCAGAAUAUAAGGAAAAACGGGAAGGAAAGCGAAGUGUACGCCUCACUAGAUAUGACAGAUCAGAAGAAGAGGUACUUCUCAGUAAAAGUGAAAAGUUUAAGGUGGAAACAUUCCUUCCUGUUCUGGACUCUCUAAUUCCUGCACUGACAAAACGUACAGAAGCUUAUUCAUCGAUUGGAAAUAUGUUUUCAUUCUUUUGUGAAUUAAAAACAAUUAGUUCUGAUGACCUAAAAAAAAGUGUGAAUACCUGGCUAAUGUUUAUCACAAAGAUCUUGAUUAUGGUGACCAACUAA